GGAGGAGGAGGAGGAGCAGAGAGGAGGCAGGCACUCACAGGAGGAAUCAGCGACAGCGGCAGGACAAUGGGCUGUCUUUAUCUGGGAUCCUAACGGGCUCCGGGCUGAUCCGACAAACUGGAAUACAAGGUCAGGAGAAUCCACUAAAACUGUCCAUUCCAAGGGCUUCUAGCAUGAAUGAGAACGUCAACCACAGCGCCCUGCUGAAACUCGGGGGUACGGUCUCAGAAAGGGUCAACCGUUUCGACACCAAAACCACUGGAACAGAUGGAGUCUCGUCUAUUGGUUUGUCCAAGCUCCAGGAGACCAGGAAGAUCUUUGAACAACGAACGCUACAGGAGAAGCAAGCCGCUACAAACCGCAUCUUGUUGAAGAAGGAACGGGCGUCAGGUUUCCAGGGCAGCCGACUAGACGUUGUGGCUCGCUUUAAUGGGUCUACUGAAGCCCUGGAUCGACUGGAUGAUCCCCCGGCUCCCACUCCUGCUACGAUUCCCUCUGCUGCACCUUCAGUUGACCCCAAAGAUGCUGUCAGUCCCACUGUGAGUCAACUGAGUGCUGCGUUUGAAAAGGGUGACCUUCAGAGCAAUUCACACGUCCCCCAUCGUCGGUCUGCCCCUGCCUUGGCACCAAAACCCAAGCUUCCAGCCAAAGGCAAUAAGCCAGAAAGGAAGGCAUCCUCUCUGGGUAAAGAGGCCAAGGCAGAGAGAACAGGAGUUACGAGCACCCAAGCAGCAGAGGACUCUACUCAAAGGAGUACAGAAGUACUGGUCACAGUUGAAGACACUGAUGGUUUUGGACAAUCAAGUGACCAGCUGUCCAACUCUUUAUCAUCCUCAGUAACUAAUGCUUUCUCCUCGUCUGAGGAGUCCGGUGUCCCACCAGCAGCGGCUGAAGACAGAGGGUCGGAUACGGUUGCGACCCUCGAGGAGGAGUUUCAGGCCAAAGAACAGGACGUCUCAGCUGGUGCAUCUGAAAAAGACGGGAGGUUAGUGGAGGCUGAGAUCCAUGCUACUCUGGAAACGGGAGAGAAAGAGCCUCUAUCUUCCUCCGAAUGGAGAGGCGAUGAAGAGGAGGAGGACGAUGAUGAGGAGGGCUCGAGGAAGGAGGAUUACUCGGAGGGAGACCUGGUGGAUGUCAGCGCAUACAGCGGGCCUGGGGAGGAGGAGGACUCUGCGGGGAGCCAGCUGGACGAUGAGGACGACGAAGAAGACGAGGAGCCAUAUCAACCGGAGAGUAGUUGCUCUGAAAUCCCCGGCCUCCCUAAUGAAGAGGAGCCGGUACCACCGAGCAGGAAAAUCCGYUUCAGCACCGAGCCAAUCAAAGUCUUCACCACCUACUCUAACGAAGACUACGAUCGAAGCAACAGUGACGUGGACCCCAUGGCGGCCUCGGCUGAGUACGAGCUGGAGAAGCGAGUGGAGAAACUGGAACUGUUUCCUGUUGAGCUGGAAAAAGGAUCCAGAUGAAUGAUCUGAUCGUGGAGGUUGAUGGGACCAGUCUGGUGGGUGUCACUCAGAGUUUUGCUGCCUCUGUUCUCCGCAACACAUCGGGCAAAGUCAGACUGGUGAUUAUGCGACGGAUGAGGAAGACGAGAUGAGUCCAGUGUUUCCAAACUCCAUUGAAGUUUUUGACCUGGCAGAAAACCAGGACCUGUCUCCUGUGGAGCUGGACCCUGAAAAGCUGGCCCACAAGUACAAGGAGCUCCAGAUUAAGCAUGCMGUAACGCAGGCAGAAAUCCAGCUGCUAAAGAGGAAGCUGGCUCAUGCAGAGCAGGAUAAGUUGCGUUGGCGGAUGGAGCGGGCUCAUUUGGAACAAAACAUUAGAGACAGCAAAGAGAGGAUGGAGAAACUCGAGGGCUACUGGAUGGAAGCACAAUCCCUAUGUAAGGCUGUGGAUGAACACCUGAAGGAAACCCAGGCUCAGUAUCAAACCCUAGAGAGGAAAUACAACAAAGCCAAGAGAAUGAUUAAAGAAUACCAGCAAAAGGAAAUCGAACACCUGAAGAAAGAGACGGAUCAGCGUCGUGAACAAGAAGCGAGUGAGGCCACUCACAAAGAGGAGACAGAAAACCUGCAGGAGAAGAUCACAGACUUGGAGACCAAAGUGGAUGCCUUGAAGACCCCCAACCCGUCAUAGACUGCUGCUACGUCGUACCUCCUGUCUGUGACCGGAGGAGGAAGUGCUCUGCCUCCUUUCAGUCCAGAACCAUAUUAUACUCCAACCAACCACUCACUGCACAGACGGGCGGAAACAAACAAACAAAAACAAGGAUGAAAAGUAAAAGUAGAGCCGAAGAGGAAAGAAGCAGCCUCUCAUCUGACAUCAGCCAGUGGCUUAAUGCUCCAUCGGUAAUGAACCAAUCCCAGAAUGCACCAUCUGUAAGAACCAGAACCCUCCUUGUGUGUCUUCCUGUCAACCAGCUUGGCAAUCAACAAAAACCACACCUUAUGCUCAACGGCUGAUUUGAUUUCUCCUCUCAUCAAAAACAUCUUAUCAGGUUCUCUUCAUGAUUCAGACUGACUUCACACAAAGCGCUUUUAAUCACCAGGCUUGUCACAAAGUGCUUUAUGGAGUGGCAGUGAUGUGAAAAAUAAAGACUUAAAAACAAAACAAAUAUAAACGGACAAAUGAUUGUUGCUUUUGAAUUUAGUGGCUUCUAAACCUUUUUUUCCCCCCUCCCUUGGAGUGGGGAGGUGGAUUUGAGAGGAUCUAAAGGGGGAGGACAAGUUAUUUUUCUUUUAUCUCACACAGAUCGUUUGACUCAGCAACUUGGACGAACGGCCGUCUCGUUGGGCGAAAAGCCUGAAGAGCAUCAAGGUUUGGAGUCGUAGAGAGCCGCCACGCCGAGGACAAAACAAAUACUAUGAAACCGAGAAAAAGACACAUUUCUCAUCAAAAAACUGUGAAAGUGCAGAGAAAUUUCAGAAAUUUUCAGCCUACAGUUAACUCUCUGCAAGCGACGGACAGAAUCACACAGACGUGAGUGUUUCARGUCUGAACUGGUCACGUUUGUAUAUACUCUGGAUACUUUUUACUUAAAAAGCUUUUAAAACAGCUUAAGCGUUGGGGUGGAUCAGAUUUGUGAGAAGGAGGCCGUGCAAAGAGUCAGCACCUCGCUGCUGGGGUAAUGGUUCAGUAUUCCUCAGUGUGUUUCAUCUCUUUUCUAUCAGCAUCAGUGGCAAACAGGGUAUGAAUUCAGAGCUAACGGUGCGUAGUGUUGGCAUCUACAGUAUCUAUGGGUUUACAUGCACACCAACCUGCAAUUCUACAUCUUAUGGUAAUAUUUGAAGCUGGCGCAGGAGCUGAUUGCUUUCAUAAAUGUCUUUUUUAAUCUCAUUGGAAAGGCGUUCAGAGAUAGUGUUGUGAGCAGCCGAGCUAAAGCUUUGUGGCAACUGAGAACUUUGCUUUAAUCUCCUACGAUCACAAAUCUGUUGCUCAAAAAAUAGUUUAGGCGCCAUUGACUGCAGACGAUUUACAAAACUUAUUUCCUGCUACGUUUGCAGCUCUUUUUUGGAGUUCGUCGUGAGGAAAAACUGAGAUUUUUCUCAAUUUUCCGAAGUGGAGAUUUAAAAAAAACAACCUCCUUGUGGUGUAUCAGUGUAGAUGAGGAAACACAGAGAUUUUUUAGAAACAAGGGCGUAGCAGCCUAUUUUUAAAUCUGCACACUAUCAGUCUGUGACCAAAAUGUUUUAACCAUCGAAUCCUGUCAAAAUUAAUCUUUGUUUUUCACACAACCAGAGGAAAUUGUGCCUGUAUCAGUAAAUAUAGUCGUUUUAGGAGGAUCUUUGACCAAGAUUAAUUAGAUCUUUACGAUUUUCCUUUCUUAUAGAAACUAUAAUACAACUAUUAUAGUAUMGUAUACAGAGGGAGGAAAAGUAAAACAGAAAAAAAUAUAUAAUGAAAAAAAGUACUUGUGUAGACGAGGUAUAAAAUACCCAUAUUAACAUCAAAAUACAAAGAACAUUCUUACCUUGGGUAAUCAUUCUCACAAWACAUCUGUAACUCAUUUAUUCUUUGAUACUGCUCAGAUUUUCAUCUGUUAUUUAUAUUUCCAAGUUGUAACGAUAGGUUCAAGAUAAAACUGGACAUCAUAGAAAAAUGCUCCAAAAAGCCCUCCACAUUCUGUUGUAGCAUGUUUAAAAUAAGUUUCAUAGUCUUUCAAAAGCUCCAACCUUCAGUCUGCAGAUGCACCAUCAACAGGGUUUUUUUUAUUUCCACUUUGAAAGCAUUUAAAAAAAUGUUUUCCUCUUUAAAGAAACUUGUUGUGUGUACACAAACGUAACGAGAAAUCUCCAUUUUGAAAACAAUCCGGCGUAAAAAUGGCCUUAGUGAUGGAAUUACUGUCAGUAUAAAAUAAUUAAAUUAAUUUGUUUAACCAAAGAUCAAAACAUGAUUGAGAAAGCUCGUGUUGAUUCUAAUGAGAUGUUUACUUGAGAUACUUUUAAAAAAAAAAGAAAAUUAUUAUAACUUUUUAACAUAAAUGAAUAACUUCUUUACAAACAUGUCCUCGAUGGAUGUUUUUUUUAAAUCGUGAAAUUAUAUUCUAAACUGUGAUUGAACAAAAAUAGUCAAUGCACUGCAAAGUUCAUAUUAUUAGUUACUAAUUUGCUGAUAAGUAAUAAUAAAUUAAACCACUUGGAACUGAAGAAAGCAGGAACAGCUCAGACAGUCAUCAGAAACAAACUGCUUGGAUUAAGCAAACAGUAAAAUUUGUAAUGAUAAAUUUUCUCGCAGAAUUUUGGCAACAUUAUAACGUUUUUAUCAAAUUCAAAUCAUUGUCCUUUUCUCUUGUAUUAUUUUUUAAUCUUAUUUUAUCAGACGUAAAUAUUCAGUAAUAAACUAAUACUAAUAAGUGUUUGAAUUUUUUGAAUUUUAAUUUAUAAAUUUCUCUAAAAAAUAACCUAUAAUUUGAAAUUGUAAUAGUUUUUGAGAGUAUUAGACACAUUUAAAAUGCAAUAGAAACGUCUAUAUUUCACUUCUGUUCAGUUUGUUUCAUCAUUAUUCAUCAGCUGUUAGCGUGUGCUGCUAGAAGCAUUAAGAUAAAAUUAAAAUUCACAAUUGCAAAUGUCCCAAUGAAGAAUUACUUUUUAUUUAUAUUGUAGUCAAUAAUUGCCUUUUCGUGUCAUCUAGUAAAAGUAUUAACAUCGACUAAAUUAGUCUUUUGUUUAGUCGCCGAUACAAACAACAAAUCUCACAAWCAAGAACUUUUACACGGAUGCUUUUAUCAGUAGUUUUUUUUUUACCGUUAGCAGGUGUUACACCAUAUAUUGUGACCAUCAUAUAUUGUGACCAGAGGGGGCGCUGUUGCGGUUCUACAACAGAACCUGGCCGAACAUGGGCACAAAGAAGAAUAUGUUACACCAAAAGUGUAGCCCGUGAUCAGAGGUGACAUGCGCAAAAAAUAAAAAGAAAUGAAAUAAAAAUAAAGCUAUUUUGACUGAUAUACAUGGUCACCGAAUAUGACAGCUGCUAUCAUAUAUUGUGACUUCACUGUAGCUUGGUAAAUAGUAAAAAAUAUUUAUUAACAAACUGUUUCUGCUGAUUACAUCCUCUAAUACCAGAAAAAUAACUUUUGACCACUGAAAUAUUGAGUGUUAUUAAAUUAUUACAUGGUCACAGAAUAUGACAGCUGUUAUCAUAUAUUGUGACUUCACUAUAGCUUGGUGAAUAGUAGAAAUAUUUGUUCAAAAACUGUUUCUACUCAUUGUUUACAUCAACAAAAACAAUUUAAAAAAUCAACAAUCAGCAGAAGCAGUUCUUUUAUAAAUAUUUUUACUAUUUAUCAAGCUACAGUGAAGUCACAAUAUAUGAUAGCAGCUGUCCUUUUCUGUGACCAUGUAUAUCAGUCAACAUGUUUUAUUUUUAUUUAUUUUUGUUUUUAUUACAUAUGUGUCUUCAGCCUCUGAUCAAAGGCUACACUUUUGGCGUGACAUUCUUCUUUGUGGCCAUCUUCGGCCAUGGUUCUGUUGUAGAACUGCAACAGCGCCCCCUCUGGCCACAAUAUGUGGUGCAACACCUGUAAAUCUCUUUUUAGCCAAUGGACUAGCAGAGCCAGGCAGGUUAGCCUCAGUAAUGUUGGAUAUGUGUCAUUUUUAAGAAAACCGUGUGCAUGUAACCCCACCUGUGUUAGGAGAGAAGCUGAGGAUCCCUGUGCCAGUGUUAUGUAUGUCCACACAGCGUUAGCUUCGGUUCGUGACACAAACCUGAGAGGGAAACUAAUUGUGAAGUGUUGCCUUAAAAGUUCGAUCAAGCUUAUCCACACUGUCGUCUGUUCCCAACUAAAUGUCUGUGUUCAGAGAAAUGCAAUAAGUUGCUGGUGUUUUUCAAAGCUCUUUAACUGGAAGCCGGUUGUGUUUGAGAUCYAAGUUUUAAAUGCUGAGUAGGCGUAACUGGCCUCGUCUCACUGCUUAUUGCAGCUGAUGUGUUUGUUUGAUUAUAUCUUUUACUCUUCAGGUUUUCAAAAGAUCCAGUGGUUAUUUGUGCGGACGGYAAAACGGUGCUCAGAAAGAACACAGUUCACAACCAAGAAACCAAAUCUUGGCUAGUCGGAUCUUGUUGCUGUUGUUGUUGACGGAGUUCUUGUUUGUGUUUACCGGGACAGUAUAGCUUGCUGGCAAGCUCUGAUUAGAUCACAUUACUUGAAAAUAUUGUCAGUACAGUACAAUCCAGACAUUUUUCUUAGGCCACUUUUGUUCCAAUUGUGGAUUAAUGACACUUUUUUUUUUACUUAUUUUUUGGUAAAAUUGUAAUGUAUAUUUUAGGAUAUAGUUUUUUUUAUGUUUGAAUCUGUUUACAAAACAGUUCUCCAUGUUCUAAAGUUUAUGUUGCACAAACUUAUAGGGAUUAGCUCUGAAAAUCUUUACACUGCAAAAACAUUUUGAGGUUAAUCCAAAAUUGAGCCAUAAUCCGAUCAAAUCUGAAGUUUUUUCUGGAUUCAAAUUGAUUUUUGGUAACAGUUUGAAUGUUUUCCCGUUUUUAAACUGCAGUGCGUUUAAUUCCUACUGGAUGAGAACAACAAUAUUUGAAAGAAAGUAGAAAUUUUAGCCAUAAGCAACUGAGCUUCACUACUUUUAUUUCUGCAGUAUUUUUUAAUGCAGCAUCACCCCUUUUUUUUGUGAGCUCUUCUAUCACCAAAUCACUUCCUGAUCACUUUGAGCCCAAGCUCGGUGGGUGAUCGGUUUGCCUUUUUAAUGACGUUAGUUAAAGCGUCUGUGACAUCAAAUGAUAAAUACAAAUACAUUAAUUACAUAUUAAUACAUAAUCACGAGGAAAAAGUUCAUGUUGCAGAGAUGAACACGAUGAAAUGAUUAAGAGCAUGUGUAUGACAGCAGAUAAUGAUAAUUAAUGUGAUGUUUCCACUGUUUGUGUUUGUAGGACGUGCACRUCACAGACACUUUAAGAUGCUGCUUCUGCCUCUACUAAAGCCUUCACAUGUUGUUACUAGAGCUGUCCGUCACCUUUCAUUUGUCUGCCCGAUAACAUGARAAAAAUCAAACACAAACACUUCAGGAGUGUUCUGAGGUGAUCCGAGACAGAUGUUUAAGACYGAUGAUUGUUGAACCAGAACGUUACAAGAUGAAGUGUAGAUAUUGGUGUUUUUCACCGGGAUGAUGUUUCAUGAUUUCGUUACUCCUGCUCAUGUUUUUGAUCAACUUCACUGUUUUUUUUUUUGUUUUUUUUUGGAUGGCUGUUUUGUUCGUGCAGGUUAGAACAUUUAGUGCCUAGCUGUAGGGUUGAGGAGAACCGUUCCUGAAGUGGAAAUCCCUCCUCGCUUUUUUUUUUUUUUUAUUCGAAUGACUUCGUUGGGAGAACCUCAGAACGCGAGUUUGUUUUUCUGUCUACUAAAAAGAUCGUACGACGUCUUCCUCCUGACCCUCGGAGUGUAAAUGAUCUAAAAGCCAUGGAGUAACUGUGACUUACUCUCUUGUCAAAAGGCAGCAUGUUUUCAUUCAGUAACGGUUCCYACACCUCGUGUCCAACUCUAAACACCGUCUCUUUCUGUUUGACCUCAUCCACACAAAGGACCGUUCUUCAYGGUUAAGGUGAAAAACUAAAGCCACAACUACUCGUUUUUAAACAGUUUUUUUUUCUAUUCUCAUAUUUAAAACACUCAAAGACCCACUCGGGGAGAGAAAUUUAGCAAUAUAUCAAAAUACAGAGAAAUAACAACCUUAGUUUAAGUUUCUUGGAAAACAGUUGUCUUUUUUUUUUUUUUACAUUCUUUGUGAAUUUCUCUGUUCUUCUGAACAGUUUCACACAGGAUCAGGUUGAAGGAGUAGAUACACCAGUAAAAGUGUUCACAAAAUAACAAGUUAGGCUACUUUUUUCAUCAAUAGCUCCAUAUUUCAAGUCCACCUGAAGCCAUUUAAUAUUUUUUUGUGUUUUUCUCAUCAAAAUCCAUUCUUUGCCUGUGAACAGGAGUGUGGAAAACCAUCAUAAAAUCUCUUUUUAACGUUUAGGUCAUUUUUUAUGCAGUAUUGUGGACACGUAGUCAUCCCAGUAUUUAAAAAAAACAGUUUACAGAAUUACCUUAAGUUAUUUAUACCAUAAAUUACAAUAAGGAGACAUAAUUAAGUUCUUUAUUUCCCUUUCUAUUGUCUAAAUGUAAAGCCAGUAUUUGUAGAAAGUGGUUAGGCAUCAUCUUGCUGAAAUAAGCAAGUUUUAUCAUCACAGGUGUUAUUUGAUUUGUGAGAACGUGUUUCGUUAAUUCUGAAAAGCAGUUUGUAGAGCAGACCAGCCUUAAGCUGCUUUAAAUGAAACUGGGUGGAUUUGAAAGUUAAAAUGAUAAAUGAUUGCAGAAAACAACGCCGCACUCUGUGAAUUUGUAUUGUUUCAUUCUGCAGAACGGACAAUUCACCACGUCUUGGAUCAGUGUGCAUUUUGUUCCUUUUCACAUGAACUCUAUAGAUUUCUAUUCUGUGAAAAACAAAAAAAGAACAAAAACAUGAGACCAAGUGUCCUGUGGYGUUCUGGUUGCAUGUAGUGCCUGAUGUCAGCAGGUCCCUCUGACAGUAUGUAAGCAGGUUUCUGAGUGUCUGCCUUCUGAAACUGAUUCUCUCUGCCUGGUUCUGCUCCUCGGUUGUUGCCGCCACGUUUGUCUGAACCAAUCCCUGUCAGCAUUAAUUAAUAAAACAUGUUGAACAAAAAACAAGAA